AGGCCUCAACUUUAAUCAGCAAUGGAGGAUAAUAUAAGAGAAGAGGGUGACAAGGAUGGUAAAACACAUCCACCAUUUUCCGGAAAAAUAAAGAAAAGUGAAAUAAAUAGAGUUCAGUCGUCUGCUUGUGAUUCAGAUUCUGGUGAAUGUCAUUGUAAGAGCAGCCACACAAGGGAAGGACUCAGGAGAAAGUCCUGGAGAGGAUCGAAAUAUUCAAAAGGGGAAAUCCAAGAAAACUCCCACAAUUCCUUGCUCUUCCUCCUUCUUCAGACCUGUGACUUUAUGUCGGGGCUACACUAUGCCAUUCCGUUCUUGUCGGACCGACUGAGAUCCAGUCUAUUAAACAGACUACGCUGUCAUUCAGAACCCAGGGACAUAGGAACGAAUUGUGUCACUGAGCAUGCUCCACAGACCAGGGUUUUACGGAAUGAGCUGAGUGACUCGGACAGCAGUAGUGAACGGUACGAUCUCCCAGAAAUCCCACGACCUCAGACCCAACAAUUACCUCCUCGUUGUCAUGACAACCUGAGUAAACAGACCCCUUUGCCAUGCCCAUCAGCCAAUAAAGACAAGGCUAGCUCUUCUCUUCCAGCUGUGAAAAAUGUACUGUGUUGUCAGAAAGAUUCUGAGAGUCAUUCACAAACUGCAGUCAUGGAUUUGAAAUAUUCAGAACAAGAUAAGAGGAUGGGUUUUUGUGGAGGUUGCUCUGUACAGCAGGGAGGUAUAAGGAACAGCAACCAGGGAUCAUGUGACCAUCUUGAUGAAUCAUGCUCAUGUGUCACGGACAAUCGUGAUGAAUCUAGUGAUAUAAAUCAUGGCGACAAUGAUAUAUGGCAUGAUUGUGUGGAGGGCGCUGUUUGCUCCUCUAGGGAGCCAAGUGUUGAGGGUAAUCAUGAGGAAUCUUGUCAUGAAAAUCGUGGUGGCAAUGAUAUGUGGCAUUGUGUGGAGGGUGUUGUCCUUUCCGACGAGGAUGAGGACAUUGAGGCGGCAGUGAAUCGCCUAGCGGAGGAUGUGGGGAAAUACAACUUCCUGGAACAUUUGAAUCUUGAUCAUCUUGAUGAAGAAAAUAAGGACAAUAGUGGUAAAUCAUGCGGCAGUGACAGUGAUGUGUGGUAUCAGUUUGUGGAGGGCGGUGCUGGGUUGGACGUUGGACUUGCCGCCUGUUCUGACGAUGACCCAGAUUUGGAGGCUGCUGUCAACUGCCUCGCGGAGCAAGUAGAGAAUAUCAGCUUCAUUGAACAUGAACUUAAUAAAGCAGAAGAUGAGAUUUCCAGUGAUGCCUCCUCUGAGACGAUCCCUGACCUAUUUUCGAGUCUGAGCUCAGACAGCUGUCAGGCUGAUGACGAGUUUGAAUGUGAUUGCGGGCACUGUGUUGGCUCAGGUCAGAGUCACCAUGACAAUGUCCUUGACCUUGAUUGGCAGACAGCUGACAGACUGGAGAGCUCUGGAAGGGAAGAUAACUCUAGUCCUGAAAGAAUCCCUGUUGGCUCUGUGACCUCUGAACCAGAGGAUGAUGACAUUGAGGAGGGGGUUUAUCAGAUCAGCCUACUGCCACCACUGGAUUCACACCAGCUGGAGGCCAUGUUUGAGACAAUGAUUGCCCAGCUACAGGAGAUAAAUCUUGGGGGUGGGGAGGAACAGGCUCCACCCCCCGCCUCAGUAUCUACCAUUGAGAGCCUUCCUUCCAACCCAGUCACGGACCAGCAAAUCGAUGACCUUGCCCCCUGCUCUAUAUGUCUGUCCUCUUUUGUUGUCAUGGAUACCAGUUCCCAUCUUCCGUGUAACCAUUUGUUUCAUCUCCACUGCAUCCAAGCUUGGCUGGCCAAGUCUGCUACCUGUCCUGUCUGCAGACGUCAUUUAGAGUCUCCAGGAAACAGCUAGUGAGCAUGCCCAGUCUACAGGAAAUGACAUCAUGAUACCUCAUAACCCCAUCACUUUUGACAUCGAAAAUUAGUGAGAGAAAAAUGCAAGAAGAUUGUUGUAUAACUCAUGUUGUUACAUGUACCAGUGGUUUAUUAAGUGGUCUUGUUUCAUGUAAAGCAAUAUUGCUUCAUGCUGCUUUUUAGUUUUAAGUGGAACUAACAGAAUUGUAUUAUACUGUAUGUGUCUUUUCCAAAUGUGGAGUUGACAUUUACUCUAGGAUUGGAAACAAAGGUCUUUACUUUCCAACAUUCUUUCAAUUUUUUUUUUUCAUUUUUUUAUUUUUUGCUUUUUAUUACAUAAUAUCAGCACUUAUCUUUUAAAAAUUGUUUUGUUAUGUUUUUGUUUUAUCAUAUUAUUAAUCAUUUUUGUUUGAGUUAUUUAUAUGAGAAGAAUUCAUUUUUUAUGAAUUAAAAGUGCAAUAUCAUUUGUGAUUAAUUAGAAGCUUUGGUGUAUAUGCUUACUGUAUAUGUAUAUGCCAAGGGCACAUAUGCGGUAAUAGCUUUUACAAAAUCCUAUUGUUUUAAAAUUCAUUCUCAAAAUACAAGUAGGGUAUAUCAGCUUGUAAAUGUAUAUGGUUUAAUUUAGGGAGAAAUAUGUAACACUGUCAUCUAUAUAUAUCACGUAAGCUUGAAAAAUCUUCUGCAAUCGAAAAAACAUGGUAUUAUUUCUGCAGUUACUUGUUAUGAGUAAUGUUAUAAAUGAUGUAUUGCAAAAUAAUAAAUCCUUUGAAUGCUU